GUUCGGACCCACAAGGUACACGGAUCCUGUUUACAGUCUAUGCUGCAAACUGAAACCAAAACUAAAGUAGACUAACGCGUACGCCCUGGCCUGUUGGUAUCUCCUACAAAAGGACAGAAGACAAAAUGGAUGUAAGGAUUAUCCUGGUUGGAUCUAAAGGAUCUGGUAAAAGGUCUUCACAAAGGACCAUCCUGGGCCUUAAACAACCUCAAUCCAAACUCCAGAAGGCUGAAGGUGAGGUAUCAGGGAGGACAGUCACUAUAGUAGAUACUCCUGGUUGGUAUAAUAACCUAUCCUUGAAAAGGACUCCUGUACUGGUGAAAAAGCAGAUUGAGUACAGUGUGCUGCUGUGUCUCCCUGGACCCCACGCCUUUUUCCUGGUUGUAAAUGUUGAGAUCCCGUUCAGAGAGGGAAUUAGAAAAUCUAUGGAGGAUCACAUGGAACUACUGGAUGAGAGAGUCUGGCAUCACUCAGUGAUACUGUUCACCCAUGGAGACUGGCUGGGAGACAACACUAUAGAGGAGCAUAUUGAGAGUGAAGGAAAGGCCCUCCAGUGGCUUGUUGAGAAGUGUGAAAACAGGUAUCAUGUUUUGAACAAUAUCAACACAGGAGACAGAUCGCAGGUCACAGAGCUGCUGGAUACGAUUAAGAAGAUGGUGGCAAGAAAAAAUGUGGAGUCAUUUUACAGAGUGAAAGUGGAAGAUCUGAAGGACAGUGAGGAUGAGAUGGUGGAGGAGGACUGGGCAUUCUACAGAGAGAUGACACAGGGAAGGACAACCAGGAAAACUAACAGUUUUCCAUUUGUACCUCCAAGUUUGGAAAGGGAGAAAAUAUCUGAAGUCAGCUCUCGGUGCACCUCGGAUUUCAGCUUGUUCAAGUCAGCCUCAAGAAGAACACUGAGCUCUGGAUACAGAUCACAGAAGUCCACAUCAGAAUCUGUCUUCAGUUCUGAUUAUGGAUCAUGCAGUUACAAUCUCAGAUCAAUGUGUAGAUCUUAACUGCGUUUCCCGAUAACGAUGGAUUGUAUGUUAAGAGGGUUCUCUACGAGCAAAAGAACGAUCCAUCGUUAUUUCUUACGUGCGUUUCCCCUCGUACGUUUUAUGUUGUAGGAGGUUGAAAAUUGUUCACAUGAUUUGCACAUAGCCUAGUAGGUGUCAUUCAUUUAAUCAGCUUGAUGCAUUUAUGAAAUGCUUAAGUAGGCGAAUUCGCAUACCAUUUGAUUAAAGGCAUGUGUAGUCUAGUAGUUCAUUGAAAAUAUAUCCCAGUUUCAGUUUAACUUCUCAUCUCUUAACACAAGUUUUUAUAAUGUAGGCCUACUCUAAGGCUUUUUACUAUGUUAUUUAUUGAAACAUGUAUACUGGUAUAAAUAAAAACUCAGCACUAUGUAAAAA